UGUAUUAUGUCGACGUGUUGUUAGCUUGAUAGACUACAACCAUUCGGAGGCUUAAUUAAAGUGUGAUUUCUACACGCAAUGUCUGCGCCUUUACCCCAAGACACGGAAUUAAUUGAGAAACACGAAGGAAUUUUAGGACGGAGAGCCGAGCUGCUAGAGCAGAUGGAGAGUCUCAGAGAGCAGCUGAAGAUCCAGAGGAGGCAGCAGGUGGAGGAAUCUGAGGUGGCCCGCCACAGGAACAGCACGCUGCUGCAGGAUUUACAGAAGAUAGAAGUCCGUCUCAAAGGAAGACAACUGCCACGCCCAAAUCUGCUGGCUCUGGAGGGGCCACGACAACAACACAUCCUACGCUUAACGUGGCUGAUGUUACUGAAGGUGGAUGUACAGAACAGGAACGGAGGAGUAAUGAGAGGAACAUCUCAACAAAUGCAAAGAUCUGGGCGGUCGCUGAGCACCAUGCCUGGUGGCGCUGUUUGAGUCUUCCCGUUGACCCCUGCAAGUCCAGAGCCUCUCCUUUGAUCAUGGGAUGUCACCUCUACUUAAGAGGCCGGGCUGCCAGCUCUUUGUCUCCUCCAUCACAGAGGCCUCCACAAUUGUCAUGUUGCCUUACAUUAAAUAGAAGGCUUCAUGUUGUACACUAAAAGUAAGCAACACUGGCCUUAAGGUAACCUGGCUUAGCUCGUGUAACAUUUCCUCUUUAACCAGCCCCUUACUUCACCAGCAUCACUGUAAUCACAAACCUCUCCGCUCUUUUGAAGCUAUGAUGAGAAAGCUUUUUACCUUCGCAUUGAAAAUGCGGAAGGGAAUGUUUUGAUCGCCGUGUAUUUAUUUAUUUAUUUAUUUAUUUGUAUGUGUGUUAUUCGCAUAAGUAAAAAAGUAUUAAACCGAAUCGCAUGAAAUUUGGUGGGAUGAUUGGUUAUUAUCCGGGGACCAUUUGAUUAGAUUUUGGGAUAGAUCGGGUCAAGGUCAAGGUCAUGAAAAAGGUCAAAAUCUUCUUGAAUCGCAUGAAAUUUGGUGGGAUGAUUUGUUAUUAUGCGGGGACCAUUUGAUUAGAUUUUGGGAUCGAUCGGGUCAAAGGUCAUGGUCAAGGUCAUGAAAAGGUCAACAUCUUCUUUUUACCAUAGCGCGGUCAAUUUAUAUCCAAUUGGCAUGCAAAUAAUGCCAAAAUGUUCAUAAUUCAAUGCCCAAUCUUGUGAUAUGCGAAGGUAUGCGCUCUACAGAGUGCCCAUUCUAGUUUUAAAUGUUUUAAUAAUAUUUGAAAACUCAAACGGAAAUAGCUUUCUGGAGCUAAUGUGAGAAUUCUUCAACGGCUGGGCUUGAAUAUACUACAGCUGCAAUAUUGCUCUUAGAGAAACCCAGUGUGUGUGUGUGUGUGUGUUCUCGCUGAAUUCCACUCACUGUAUCGAUUGUGCUUCGACGGAUGUCUUUCUGCGCUCGCCUGGUAGAGUCAGAGUGUGCGGUGCUAUUCAUAUCGACUGGCGGAUUAAGUGGGCUGCUGAAAGGACACGUACGAAUUUUGUGUGUGUGUUCUUGCGCCUUUUGUUGAUAUCGAUUGUGUCUUGGCAUGUUUUCCCACAUGGCACCGGCACGUUGUGUUUGAUUCUUAAUGAAGGCCUUUAUCACACUCUAAUCAGUUUACCAUCACACACACCAGUCAAAGCAAACACUUUCUUACUUGAGAAAAAGCACACGGGUAAUCACUCUUCUGAUUGGGUUUUGACUCCUGCAGUGCCACUUUAAAAACAUCUUUAACGUUAACGGAAAAGAGGGACAUCUUUUCACACCUGGUCUAAUAUAUCACACACAUCAGGGACGAUUCAGGAAAUACUGUGACUUUAAUAGAGACAUGGUCAUAAACUCAAUGUUCCCUUAAACCGUAAUCCUUGAACCCUCUGGGAUUUAACUUGCGUCCCUUUAUAAAUGGUUGAGUGUGAGAGGCUGCGAAUGGUAUAAAUAUCAUAGACAGUAUCUAAGAAGUGGACGUAGUCACCUCCACUGUAGUUUUGAAGCCUUGAGUUCAUCAUUUUGGUCGUCUUGUGCAACCAGACUGACACGAGAGGGUGGAGCUAAGUACAACUAAAUGCUGAAUAAAAGAGUUUUAGGCAACUACAAAGGUUCCUAUUAACUUUAAUUAACUGAAAACACACAUUGAAAGAUUUAAAGUUAUGAUAUGAAAACACAGAAAUCUCGCCAUGUUAGGGACCUGUUAAUCACCUUGUAGCCCCGCCCUAAAGCAUCCCCUGCUUUAUGGUCUAUUUGAUUAAAAAUAGACCAUUUAUAACAUUGACAUCAUACUGUUUUGAAAAAGACUUGCAACUAGAGAUUGAGACCAUAAACUCAUGUUUACAAUGUUUACUGAGGGAAUAAAUCAAGAAUGAAUCCCAUAGACCUCCAUACCACCAGGAGUCAACCCCGUCAGUAGAGAGAAUGCAGAUUCAAGGUACUUCCAAAUUGGCUUCACUUUUCAGAAUUGGAGGUUGUCGCCUGAUACAUCCGCUGCUUUAGCUUUUCAAUGAUAGUAAUAGUGAAUAAAGACCUACUCGUCUCGUGUUGUUCCUUAGUGUCGAUGUCUUCUCUCUGGAUCUCCAGGUGAUGUGGUGGUUCACUUGUACACUGAUCUGUCUUUAUCUUUUCAAGCUGUUAACACUGCUGAACCAGUGUGGUAUCCUGGAUGUACAGGACAGGGAUGUCUAUUUGUACAGAUUGUAAAGCACUCUAAGACAAAUUUGUGAAAAUGGGCUAAACAAAUAAACUGAAUUGAAUUGAAUUUAACUAUCUUUGGAUUAUAUAUGGUUUAAAGAUAGAAUAAAGUACAUAAUAAUAUGAGCAAUAUAUAAAAUAACAAGAAAAAAAAGAAAUG